AUGUCGAGUGGUCAUUCAGACCAUGCCUAUGCUCCUUCCAACAAACCAGAGUCUACUCCACCGUCCGCUCCGAUGAGCGAGACCGCACGCUCGGGAUCGUCGAUUGGCGCGACAAUGCCGCUUGUCUCAAGUACAACUACCGCUGGCAAUAAAAUCAAAAAGAUAGAGAAGCAGAGCUUGGAAUAUGCGAUCAGAAGUGGUAUCGCCGGCGGCUUGGCCGGGUGUGCGGCCAAAACCGUUGUUGCACCGCUCGACCGUGUCAAGAUCCUCUUCCAAGCUUCCAAUCCCCAGUUCGCCAAGUACACCGGCAGCUGGACAGGACUUGCUGCUGCGAUCAAAGAUAUCAACCGCACCGAAGGCGCCAAAGGCCUUUACAAGGGCCACUCCGUCACACUCCUCCGCAUCUUCCCCUACGCCGCCAUCAAGUUCCUCGCCUACGAACAGAUCCGCGCAGUCGUGAUCCCUUCAAGUGAAUACGAGACUCCAUUUCGCCGUUUGAUAUCUGGAAGUUUAGCCGGUGUCACAUCUGUGUGCUUUACAUACCCACUAGAAUUGAUGCGAGUGCGCAUGGCCUUCGAAACAAGACAGUCUCACCGAUCAGGGAUAGUAGACAUCUGGCGCCAAAUUUACCACGAACAAUCUCAACCACAAACCCGCUCCACCGCAGCAACAGAGUCUUCAGCCGUAGCCGCUGUUGAAAGCGCCUCGUCGGUCGUGAACAAAGUCGCCCCGCGAACAGGAAUCAUCAACUUCUACCGCGGUUUCGCACCGACUAUCCUCGGCAUGCUCCCUUACGCUGGAAUCUCUUUCCUCACCCACGACACGGUUGGCGAUUUAUUCCGCCACCCCAGUUUGGCGCCAUAUACCCUGAAACGAGCAUCGGAUAUAGACCCCAAGCCUCAGAAAAAUGACAAGAACCACAACCGUCCGCUCCUCAAUGCUCCCUUUGAGCUACUCGCUGGCGCACUAGCCGGUCUCGUCUCACAGACAUCCUCAUAUCCCAUCGAAGUCCUCCGCCGCAGAAUGCAAGUCGGCGGUGCAGUCGGUGACGGCCGACGUCUCGGAUUCGCCGAGACAGCCCGAAACAUCUGGCUGGAGCGCGGAUUCCGUGGGUUCUGGGUUGGUCUGACGAUUGGGUAUAUUAAAGUCGUGCCGAUGGCUGCUGUCGCCUUCUUUGUUUAUGAACGGGUCAAGGGCACGCUGCAUAUUUGUUGA